AUAAAUGCCAAGUUGCCAAGCAAGAAGCAAGUGAUUCUCCAUAUAUGUCAUAAGAGAAAAGACAAUUAUACAAAUAUUUGUAUUUUAUUUUACAUAUAUUCAACCUAGUAUAUUAAAAUGCAAAAUCAUGAUAUUUUAAUUCAAGAAAUAGAGGGUAUUGAUGAUUAUUUGGGUCCAACAUUUAGAGCUAUUUAUGAUGGACACGAGCAUCAGAAGUUUAUGGAAAAGUUGGACGAAAGAAUCAAGAGUCAUGAUAAAGAAAUAGAACGAAUGUGCAAUCAUCAUUAUCAAGGAUUUAUUGAUUCUAUUCGCGAACUAUUACAAGUUAGAUCUCUUGCACAACAGUUGAAUACUGAAAUAUUGGAUCUAGACACAAGAAUAAGUGCUUCAACAACACAAGUAAUCGAAAAGGGAGAAGAGUUGGUUAAAGCUAGAAAAGUAGAAAGUAAUAUCGCAGCUGCAAUUGAUAGUUUGACAACAUGUUUACCUGUUCUUGCUGCCUAUGCAAAACUUCAACGGCAAUUAAAAGACAAAAGAUAUUAUCCAGCGUUAAAAACACUGGAGCAUUUAGAAUCCUUUGAUUUACCUAAAGUUAAAAAUUAUCGGUUUUCAUCACAGAUUACUGAACAAAUUCCUUUGCUAAGAGAAAAUAUCAAAGAUGCUUCCAUGUCUGAUUUACGAUUUUUUUUGGAAAAUAUACGAAAAUAUUCACCGAAAAUAGGCGAAGUAGCAAUGAGACAUAGCGCUGAGCAGCUUGUCAAUGAGUCCGAAAUAAUUGGAAAAAAAAAGAAAAAGAUUCAGCAAAGUUCAACCCCAAUAAAUGAAGGCGAAGACGAAUUAAGUGCACAAGACCUAAUGGACUUUAGUCCUGUUUAUCGUUGUAUGCAUAUUUAUACAGUAUUACGUGAAGGUGAUACAUUUAAGAGUUACUAUCAACAGCAGAGGCAUCAACAAGCGCGACUAGUAUUGCAGCCACCGAUUAAUAUGCACGAGAGUAUUAUCGGAUACCAAACUUACUUACAUGGAAUCAUAGGAUUUUUCGUCGUUGAAGAUCACAUUUUAAAUACAGGAAAUGGAUUGACAACCCGACUUUACUUGGAAGAAUUGUGGGUAAUGGCAUUAUCUAAAAUUGUAAAUGCUUUACGAACCCAUUCAGCUUACUGUACUGAUGCAACGCUUAUUUUAAAAAUAAAAAAUCUCAUUAUGUUAUUUAACACAACCCUGAGAAAUUAUGGAUAUCCCGUUGGUCAACUCUGGGAUCUAUUACAAGAAAUCAGAGUUCACUACAACGAAGUAUUAAUGCAGCAUUGGGUACAAUUAUUUAGAGAUAUUUUAGAUGAAGAUAAUUUCCUUCCAAUUCAAGUAUCUUCACAAGAAGAAUAUAAUCAAAUAUUAGAAUCAUUUCCUUAUCACGAUCCAGAACUAGAAAAAGCGAGAUUUCCUAAAAAAUUUCCUUUUUCUAUGAUGGUACCCAAAGUUUAUCAUCAAGUUAAAGAGUUUAUUUAUGCUUGUUUAAAAUUUUCUGAAGAUUUAAACUUAACCCAGACUGAAAUUGACGAAAUGAUUACUAAGUCAACAAAUCUUUUAUUGACACGAACUUUCAGCGGGUGUUUAUCUUCAUUGUUUCGUAAACCAUCUUUAGCACUUCUUCAAGUAGUACAAAUUAUUAUAAAUACGGGAUAUCUAGAGUCUUCCACAAAAUACCUAGAAGAAUUUGUUUCCAAUAUCACGGGAACAUCUCAUGAUGGACAGCUAAGUUGUGGUGGAGUCAAGUCAGCUAUGUUUCGAGUUGCCAGAGAUGACGCCGAGAAACAAAUUUGUGACAAACUCGAAAGAAAACUUGAUGAAUUUUUAGAGCUGGAAAAUUAUGAUUGGAUAUUAGCGGAGCCUCAAGGACAUGCUUCAGGAUUCAUUACCGAUCUUAUUGCAUUUUUACAAAGCACUUUUACGUGUUUUACAAACUUGCCAGCUGAAGUUGCACAAGUGGCAUGCAAAUCAGCAUGCCGUCAUAUAGCUGAGGCUAUUUUGAACAUUUUAAUCAGCGAAGAUGUUAAACAAAUAUCCAUGGGAGCUCUUCAACAAGUUAACUUGGAUACAAUUCAAUGCGAACAAUUUGCUGCAUCAGAGCCAGUUUUAGGCUUACCAGAAGGUAUAUUGCUACAAUACUUUGCACAAUUGCGACAACUAUUGGAUCUGUUCAUGACAUGGGACUGGCCUACAUACUUUCAUGACUAUGGUCAUGAGUCGAGUAAAUAUCAUUUAGUGACACCCAACAUGGCAAUUUUAUUAUUAUAA